AUGGAGAUUGAUUCCGUCGCAGAUGGGUCGUGCUCCAAGGAGAAUCAAAUUAUCUACAAGGACUGGUUCGAAUUCGCCGAUUCAGCAGACUGCGAUGGACGCAUUACUGGUAACGAUGCGAUCAAGUUCUUCACCAUGUCCAAUUUGCCUCGGCUCGAGUUGAAGCAGGUGUGGGCGAUUGCAGAUGCUAAGAGACAAGGCUAUCUUGGUUUCAAUGAGUUUAUCGUUGCUAUGCAGCUUGUUUCUUUGGCUCAAACUGGACAUGAAAUAUCUCAUCAAUUUAUUGUUUUGUUUCUAAUAAUAUUUCUGGCUAUAAUUGCUGUUGAUUUCAAGAAUCUGAAGCCUCCUGUUAUGGACGGUCUCGAUGUAUUAUUGGUGAAGAAGAAGCAUUCAUCAAAAUCGAGUGAUUCUAAUUCGAAUGGUAGUCCUGUUGCAGAUGCAUCACUUACAGCUCAUUGGUUCUCUUCCAAAUCUUCUAAAAAGACGAACAGUGAUUUCGACGCCAAACCUAUAGUAAUGCUCCUGGGCCAGUACUCCACAGGAAAAACAACAUUCAUUAAGCAUAUGCUUAAAUCUAAUUAUCCAGGCAGGUUAUCCAUUUUAUCAUCUCAUAUUGGACCAGAACCAACGACUGACAGAUUUGUUGUCGUCAUGUCUGGACCUGAUGAAAGAAGUAUCCCUGGGAACACAGUCGCGGUUCAAGCAGAUAUGCCAUUCAGUGGUCUUACAACUUUUGGGACUGCCUUUUUGUCAAAGUUUGAAUGUUCUCAGAUGCCUCACCCUCUGCUGGAGCACAUAACAUUUGUCGACACUCCUGGAGUUUUAUCAGGGGAGAAGCAACAGACUCAACGAGCAUAUGAAUUCACUGGUGUUACAUCAUGGUUUGCCUCGAAGUGCGAUCUCAUCCUCCUCCUGCUCGAUCCACACAAGCUGGAUGUAAGCGAUGAGUUCAAGCGGGUGAUUUCAUCUUUACGUGGUCAUGAUGAUAAGAUUCGCGUUGUUCUCAAUAAGGCUGACCAAAUUGACACUCAACAGCUAAUGAGAGUGUAUGGAGCUCUCAUGUGGUCACUUGGGAAAGUUCUCAAUACUCCUGAAGUUGUCCGUGUCUACAUUGGCUCCUUCAGUGAUAAACCCAUCAACGAAGCUGCGACUGGUCCAACUGGGAGAGAAUUGUUUGAAAUGGAGCAAGAGGACCUUCUCUCUGAUUUGAAAGACAUUCCAAAGAAAGCUUGUGAUCGUCGAAUAAAUGAGUUUGUGAAACGGGCAAGAGCUGCAAAGAUACAUGCGUACAUCAUCAGCCAUUUGAAGAAAGAGAUGCCAGCCAUAAUGGGAAAAGCCAAAGCUCAACAGAAGCUGAUGGAUAACUUGGAAGACGUCUUUGGAAAGGUACAGAGAGAGCAUCAUUUACCAAAAGGAGAUUUUCCAAACGUGGACCAUUUUAGGGAGGUGCUAAGUGGUUACAACAUCGACAAGUUUGAGAAGCUAAAGCCAAAGAUGUUGCAGACUGUUGAUGAUAUGUUGGGGUAUGACAUUCCAAAUCUCUUGAAAAACUUCAAAAACCCCUAUGAUUAA